GGGCCGUUUCCACGAUCGAUGUCGUCAUGAUGGCGCCGUCAUCGUUCCUACAACUCAUCGGCCUUUGCGGGCGCAGAACUCACCGCAGUGACCUCACGACUUUCGCUGAUACACUUGUAAAGAUACUAUUUGAAGCCCGUAGAGCAGCUCCCCUGUCUUCAAACGCGCAUUUUCAAAGACCUGACUGUAAGGCACAAUAAUUCUUAAUCUGGUAAUCAACAUGGCGACCCCUGUCCACGUCCUCGAUGACUACUAUCUGGCCAUCACACUUCUCAUCACCGUCGCAUACCAACUCAUUGGCUUCUCCAUUGCAUUUAGCCUCAAAUUCGACAAGCUCACUGAUUUCAUGGGCGGGACGAAUUUCGUCAUCCUCGCAAUCAUCACCCUUGCCUUUAGCGGCGUCCACCACGCGCGCAACAUAGUAUGCUCGCUCUUCAUCAUGCUCUGGGGCGCGCGCCUCUCCGGCUUUCUACUCUUCCGCAUUCUCAAGACGGGCAAAGACGACCGUUUCGAUGAUAAGCGCGACAAAUUCUUCCCGUUUCUCGGCUUCUGGAUCUUCCAAAUGUUGUGGGUGUGGACGGUCAGCCUGCCCGUGACGAUUUUGAAUUCGCCAAAGGUUACGCAGUACGCACAACCCGACUUUGGCACGGGGAGGGAUAUUGCGGGUGUGGUGUUUUGGGCCGUGGGCAUGCUGUUGGAGAAUACGGCGGAUGUGCAGAAGUAUCGGUUCCGGAGUAAGCACCAGGGUGAUGGGUCGGUGUGCGAUGUUGGCGUGUUCAGCUGGUCGAGACAUCCAAAUUACUUCGGCGAGAUGCUGAUUCAGUUUGGUAUUUUCAUGAUCGCCGUAUCGCCCGCAGCGAUCGGCUACGUGCAUGGCGGCGCCUACAAAGCCCUCUACGCGUCCAUUCUCGGUCCAUUUUUCUUGACCCUUCUACUCAUGUUUGUAUCCGGCCUAACACUCCAAGAGCGUCCUGGAGCCAAGAAGCGAUACGAGAAAGGCAACAACUGGGAGGCCUAUGCACGAUGGCUUCACCGAACCAGCAUUCUGAUUCCUUUUCCGCCGCAAUUUUACGCACCAAUGCCCGUCUUUCUGAAGCGCACCAUUUUCCUCGAAUUUCCAAUUUAUGUUUUUGAUCCCGCCAAACAUGCCGACUCGAGCAAGACACAGUCAAACGCGGAAAAUGGCAGUGUGCGGCAGAAUGAUAAUGCUGAUGGGGCGAGGCCGAGUGAUGAGCGAGGUCUCCGAGCUUGAUCGGUCGAAAUGCGAGCACUUCGAUUGUCACACGUUCGAUAGUCAAUAGGAUUUGCGCGAGGUAUAGAUUUGACGUUUGUGUUUCUAUUUUUAUUCAGCGACGGUGUUUCAGGUCUCACUCGGGAAUUCGACUUGUCACGAGAUAUCCGUGUACUAUUAUUAUUACGGAAGGAUUAUACCAGCUAUGCUCUGCCAGCAAUGAACUUCGCGCAAACAACAUUAUUGAUUUGGUUGAUAACACGGCAUAUAGCUCACCAUGUAAGUCAUGGAUCAACAGUCUAGUCAUUCGACGGCUGUCCUUGGAUCUAAUAUACCACGACGCCUGAUGUUCUUGUGCGCGAGACGGAGGCUUUGGCCAAAACCAUAUCGGAGUCGACAAGAAGCCAACGAUUUCUAAACUUGUGUAAAUGCCAUCCAGCGAAGGCCGCCAGUUGCCUAUGGAGUCUGUUUGAUUUGGU